UCACCCCUUUCCACCAGCCAGGACGGAGGUGUCGCUGGGUCUGAGCGGGCCAAUGGGGGCAGGUCGGCCACUUCCCAGUCUGGGCUCAGUGGGGGCUUUCUCUUCUGUUCCCAAUUCUGCAUGCCUCAAAGGCCUGUCAGCAGAGUCAAUUUUUUAAACAAUGUACUUGUGAAAAAACGUGCUUGUGAAAAUCCUAGGAAACAGCAAAGUCAAAGAGCGUUUUUGUGCUGAAAGUGCUGGCGGGUCCUUUGAGAUUGGCCCAGCCCUGCAGGCGCGGGGUCCACUGGGGGCUGCCUGCCCAGGAGGCAAGGAGUUCGCCAGGGGAGUCUGCAAGGAGUUCGCCAGGGGAGUCUCUUCCAGACUUGGGGCCAGGCCUAGGUGGCCAGGGCCAGGGCUUCUGUGACGUUCCUCUCCCCAGGAGGAGCCAUCGCAGAAGGGUGUGGCGGUUCCCGGCUCUCAUGGCUGCAGCCAGCGUGACCCCUCCCGGCUCCCUAGACUUGUUGCAGCCUGGCUUCUCGAAGACCCUCCUGGGGACCAAGCCAGAGGACAAGUACCUGUGCUCAGCCUGUAGGAAUGUCUUGCGCAGACCCUUCCAGGCCCAGUGUGGCCACCGCUACUGCUCUUACUGCCUGAGCAGCAUCUUGAGCUCUGGGCCUCAGAACUGUGCCGCCUGUGUUCACGAGGGCAUAUAUGAAGAAGGCAUUUCUAUUUUGGAAAGCAGUUCGGCUUUCCCAGACAACGCUGCACGCAGGGAGGUGGAGAGCCUGCCGGCCGUCUGUCCCAACAAUGGCUGCACCUGGAAGGGGACCCUUAAAGAGUAUGAGAGCUGCCACGAAGGACACUGCCCGUUCAUGCUGACUGAGUGCCCAGCUUGCAAAGGCCUGGUUCGCCUGGGGGAGAAAGAGCACCACUCGGAGCACGAGUGUCCAGAGAGAAGCCUCAGCUGCAGGCACUGCCGGGCACCCUGCUGCUGGGCUGACUUGAAGGCACACCACGAGGUCUGCCCCAAGUUCCCCUUGACUUGCGAUGGCUGUGGCAAGAAGAAGAUCUCACGGGAGAAAUUCCAGGACCACGUCAGGGCGUGUGGCAAGUGCCGAGUCCCCUGCAGGUUCCAUGUUGUCGGCUGUCCUGAGAUGGUGGAGAGCGAGAAGCAGCAGCAGCACGAGGCCCAUUGGCUUCGGGAGCACUUGGCCAUGUUGCUGGGCAGCCUCCUGGAGGCGAAGCACCUCUCAGGAGCUGGUGGCCCUUUCCUGGGUCUGAGUGAGAUGGGGGGCUGGGAAGCCAGCACACUGCACCCCGAGGCCGAGCUCUCCAAGGCCGCAGAACUCCAGCAGCGGUGUGAGGCCCUAGAGAGGAAGACGGCCACCUUCGAGAACAUCGUAUGUGUCCUGAACCGGGAGGUGGAGAGGGUGGCCAUGACCGCUGAGGCGUGUGGCCGGCAGCACCAGCUGGACCAGGACAGGAUCGAGGCCCUGAGUAACAAGGUGCAGCAGCUGGAAAGGACCAUUGGCCUGAAGGACCUGGCAAUGGCCGAACUGGAGCAGAAGGUCCACGAGAUGGAGGCGUCCACCUUUGAUGGCGUGUUCAUCUGGAAGAUAUCUGAUUUUGCCAGGAAGCGCCAGGAAGCUGUGGCCGGCCGCACGCCCGCCAUCUUCUCCCCAGCCUUCUACACAAGCAGGUAUGGCUACAAGAUGUGUCUGCGCAUCUACCUGAACGGAGACGGCACGGGGCGUGGGACACACCUGUCUCUCUUCUUUGUGGUGAUGAAGGGCCCCAAUGAUGCCCUCCUGCGGUGGCCCUUCAACCAAAAGGUGACCUUAAUGCUGCUGGACCAGAACAACCGGGAGCACGUGAUUGAUGCCUUCAGGCCCGAUGUGACCUCAUCCUCUUUCCAGAGGCCAGUCAGUGACAUGAACAUCGCCAGCGGCUGCCCCCUUUUCUGCCCCGUCUCCAAGAUGGAGGCCAAGAACUCCUAUGUGCGCGAUGACGCCAUCUUCAUCAAGGCCAUUGUGGACCUGACGGGGCUCUAGCUUUCUCCCACCAGGGUUGGGGGUCGCGGGUCACACCGGGCUGGAGCCUCACCGUGGGUGGGCACCUGCCACGCUCAUGUCCACUGGGAAGGGGCCGCCUCCUGGGAGAGGCCACUCAGCCUCUGAGUGGGGCAGGCUGCAGGCCUGUCAGUACCUGCUCGUGGGCCAUCAGUACAGGUGCUCAGGCGAGGUGAGCAGAGGGCGAGGUGAGGUGGCAUCUCGUCCUGUCCUUUGGUUGGAGAGAAGGGACAUUCCCGGGCCUGGCCGCUCCUCUGAGGAGAGGUCCUGCUCUGCAGGCCUGGCCAGGCUGGCGGGCACAGAGGGCACUCUUGUGUCCUCAGGGCAUCCUGUCGGCUGCCCCUGUGGCGAGUGCGGGGCACACACUGGGCCCUGCUGUCGGACAUGAUGCGUUAGCUGCCCUGUCGGGCUGUGGAGAAGUCGUUAUUAAACUGUUAAAUCUCCAUGGUGAGUGGUGUCCGUUUGCCUGUGGCCUUGCUGGUGGUAACCCUCACAGGGCCUCCUGGCUCUCUGCCCUCCUGUGGUCUCCUCCCCUUAUGUGUCCUGUCCCUACUGGUGUCACUGGAUCCCUGAGCAGUACCGUGGGUUCCCUGACACUUGAAGCUCGCUGCUGCUGGCCUUGCUGAGGCCAUCUGGAAUGUUCUUUACUAGCCGGCUCCUCCUCCCUCAGUCUAUACGUGUCCCUGCUCCUCCACACAGGGAACCUCUAGUGCUGGAAGAGUGGCCAGUAGAUCUUUGGCAUUUGGGGAUCGACAGGCAGCGUCGCCUCCCCAAACCGGGACUUCUCAGGUACCAGUCGGCAGUCAGUGGUUUUGGCGCCCUGACCUCAGGCUGAACCUCCGCCCAGUGCAGGACUAGGGCAGGCUAGUGGCCAGUGGCUGUCUGUACCUCUGGUUGGUUCUCAGGACCACUGGUUCCAGAGGGCCAGGCAGGGGGCUGCCUGGGCAUCUUUGCAGAGAACCUGACAUCACAACUCAUCCCUCUCUGUCAAGAGUUAAUGUGACAGGAAAGCUUGGAGGAAAAAGAACCGAGCCAUCCCAAGACCCGUGCAGUUGUGCUGAGACACAGGGCAGAAAAGCUGCCAUCUUGUGGGCCUUCCCUUUCCACUCUCCAGAGCGCUGUCCUCAUGAUUGGUGUCCACAGCCGCGACCACAGCAUCUUCACCCGCGUGUCACCUCCAAGCCACAGGGCACAUGCUGCCUGCAUUGGUCUCCUGACCUGGGAGCGCAGCACCCUGCACACUUCCGUCCCACCUGCCCGUUUGCUGGGCUCCCAAUGUGUGCAGGCUGUGUGGGCCAAAGGCCUGGGGGCUGCGGAGCCCGGACAAUCGCCUGCCCACCUUAUGCACUUGCCUCCUGGUUGGUGAGGUGCCUGUUGUCCCUGGGGACUGAGCCUUAAGAAAGUCUUGAACUCUGUCAGUGGACAAGAUCCUAAACGUGAAUGUGAUUACUUGGGUGAUCGUUUCCUGUGAUUUGUGCUCUUGACCACUUGUUCCACAAGUCCUGAGUCUCCCCAAGAAAAUACUUUUCUAUUUUU